AUGCUUAAUCCCACUGUCAAGUUCCCAAUUUGGCAAAUGUGCCGUUUAGAGGACUCUUAUAGAGAAAUGCUAAACGUCUUGGCCUCCUUCGUGGAUCCCUCAGCAGUGCAACCAUAUAUAGAUCUCUCGCUGAGGGUGUGCUUACAACUCCGAAUGCUUAUUGUUUACCUAGCAUACACCAUGGCAAUCAUAAUAAUGUUCCCAAUCUUCCUGAUGAUGGUUGUCGAUUUGGUGCUCUACGCAACCAAAGUGCUACAUCUCAGACCUGACCGAAAAGCGCCGGCGCCUUUCCAAAACGAAAAAUCACAAGAUUCUCCCAUAGUCACCGCUGAACCUAUGCAACUGCACAAGGGAUCAUCAUUGACAUCGUUAUCGUCGUUGCGAUCCAGUACUUCGAUAGCUUCUUCACUGAAUGUUCCCGUGAACGUGACCAAGUACUCCCCAGCCAUCCGUGCCAGUGAUAUCCAUAGAAGGAUUCCCCGCAGAGCGAAUGAUUGA